AUGUCCUUCGUCGACGACCUCACCGACUACAACUCGACUGCCAACGCCAGCGAACUGAUCAACACAACAGCUCUGGCAGCCGCCAGGCUCUGCACAGCAGCAUUCCAGCAUGGCCUGAAGCCACACCCAGAAAAGACCAAAGCCAUCCUCAUGCACUACGGCGCGGGGGCCAAGAAGGAGAAACAACGGAUAGCCAAGGAGGGCAUCACAUACCUAGAAUUGGACGGACUUGCUAUCAAGGUGCAGCUGGCAACGCAACAGGAAGCCCUCGGAGCCAUCAUCUCGGCGGGCGGGGUCAUGGGACCAGAGAUCUGCCUAAGGGUCAACCGUGCGCUUGGUGCAGCCCGGCCCCUAGAGAAGCAGAUCCUCCGCCGCAAGAAGCUCUCGAAGAAAGCCAAGGUCAAGCACGCCCACUCUUCUUCGACAUCCUCGCUUACCUACAACCACCAUGUCUGGAGCGACCUGACCAUGAAGGACCUGAAGCAGAUAUCCGCCAAGUACAUGGGCCCAUACCGAGUCGCAGCUUCACUACCCAAGACCAACUCGCCCGACCAGCACAUCUCCGAGGCCGAGGCAAUCGCCAAGACAGAAGUACCCGACCUCAUCACCCACCAGUCGAUCGCGCGGCUACGCUACUUGCCAAGACUCCUGAGUAGUGCUCCAGCAGUCCUACUUCAGCUACUCGACGGCCAGCGCCAACAAAAGGGCACAUGGAGCCGCCAGCUCAAGAAAGACUUCGACUUCCUACGUACGUACUUACCAAAAGAGAAGUGGCCCAGCCAAACCCAGCACGACCGCGACAUCAUCAACUGGGCCCGACAGAAGCCGAAGCUAUUCACCAACGCGGUCAAGGCAGCUUCGAAGGCAUACAUUCUCCACACUCGCGACCAAGCUCAAGGCGCCAAGCUCCAGAAGGACAUCUUGAUGACCUCGGCAGAUCACACAACUGAAGUGCUGGACCUCUGCGACGACACCAACAACCAGAAGUACGUCUGCUACGCCUGCGGCCGAGCCACAAACGCCAAUAAGAAGCAAGGACGACACCCCACCUUCAGCGACAAGCCAGCCUACCCGUGCGACGUCACGCCGCUGCCUCUCCUCGAGACGUCGCCCGUCCUACCCAAAGUAUUCGCCAGACUCGAGCCAUCACCAAGCAGACCACCCGCGAGCUCGCCUGCAGAACCAGCCAAGCGCCAAGAGACCGUCUUCAUCACCGACCGCCCACGACAGGCUGCCGACCUCCAACAGAUCAUGGCCAGCAACGGGAUCACGAGCAUCAGCGGACUGGACUACACGCAGAUCGCAAUCCCCAGCGAUGGCCAGAUCUCAGAACUUCCGACAGUACUUCGGCGAGCACAACGCAGGAUCCUACAUGGCGAGGUAGCGGCCAUCUACGUCGAGUUCCCACGACGAACCUGGUACCUACACGAUGCAACCGACGUUCUAGGCAGCAGAGCAAGCAAGCGGCGCACCCCAGAGGCACCCUGGGGAACGCCUCAAGUCUCCGAGACCAUCGCCGACGAGAUAUUCGCCGUCAACAACGUCACACGAGAGGUAUUGCGUACGAUCUUCAUGGCGACUACUACCAAAGUACCAUUCGUAGCAGCCAUCUCGGCCGAGUCGAUCAUCAGAAAGACCCCAGCAUAUCGGUACAUCGCCAACCUGACGACCGUCUACGAGACCCCGACGAACCACUACGACCUCGGCGCCAUACAGAUCCUCGACAACGGCACCCGCGACGACCUCCGCAACAUAAUGCAUACGGCAAACGAAGAGGAGAUCGACUUCACCAUCGCCGACUCGCUCGACGGCAACAUUGUGGCUAGAUGGGGCCUCAGAACCGCAACCGCUGCGCCCACCAGCCAGAACCUGACCACCAACGACGCCUACUACAUAGAAC